GCAAGAGGUACUAGCGCAAGCAGGCUUUCAAUUGAAAUCAGUUACACAGCGAUAAAAAGAAACAAAAAAUGGCAAGAAGCUGUUGUAUUAUUAACUGCAAUAGCCGGUCGCAUGACAGCCACGGGAAGCCGACGGGUAAAGAGAUCGGUUGUUAUUGGAUUACGUCGUUGAAGAGAAAUUGUUCAAGCCAUGUUUCCGAAGUAAAAAAGAGCCGACCGAUGGCCUGGAUUGCAGCCAUUCAAAGACCAAAUAUAAUGUCCCAGAAAACUCCAGCUCACAUGUUAGUCUGCUCCAAGCAUUUCCACAAAGUGUGGACAUGGCUGCUGCCAGCUGUCUGCUGUGUGAAGACCAGUUUCUGUGCUGCAUUUGUCUGGAAGUGUUCACAGAUCCAGUCAGUACACCAUGUGGACACAACUUCUGCAAGAACUGCAUCACUCAGCACUGGAACAGCAGUCCUCUGUGUCAGUGUCCAGUUUGUAAAAGGAAGUACUACACAAGACCCGAGCUCCAUGUCAAUACUUUCAUCUCUGAGAUGGCUGCUCAGUUCAAGCUGUCAGCUCAGCAAGAAGCCAGCAGCAGCAGCAGGAGAUCAGAGCAACAGUCUGCUAAACCAGGAGAAGUUCUCUGUGAUGUUUGUACUGGGACCAAACUGAAGGCUCUGAAGUCCUGUCUGGUGUGUCUGACCUCCUACUGUGAGACUCACCUGCAGCCUCAUCAGACUGUUUCAGGCCUGAAGAGACAUCAGCUGAUCGACCCUGUUAAGAACCUGGAAUGGAUGAUAUGUUCAAAACACGAUAAACCGCUGGAGAUCUAUUGUAAGACCGACCAAAGGUGUGUCUGUGCUAUCUGCUCUGUUUCAGACCACAAGUGUCAUCAUGUUGUUCCUCUGACAGAAGAAUAUGAAGCAAGGAAGGCAGGGCUGGAGAAAACAGAGGCUGAAAUUCAGGAGAUGAUCCGGAAAAGAAAGAUUAAGAUUGGGGAAAUGAAACACUCUGUGCAGCUCAGUAAGGAAGAGGCAGACAGAGUGACAGCAGAAGGUGUUCAGAUCUUCACAUCUUUAAUAGAGUUUGCAAAGAGCAGCAUGAAAGAGCUGAUCAAGACAAUCGAAGAGCAGCAGAGAACAGCAGAGAAACAGGCUGAAGGCCUCAUGAAGGAGCUAAAGCAGGAGCUUUCUGAACUUAUGCAGAAAAGCUCUGAGGUGGAGAAGCUCACACGGCCUGAAGACAUCCUUGACCUCAUCCAGAGUUUAUCUUCAGUGAAAGCUGCUCCCCCCACCAAAGACUGGACAAACAUCAGUGUCCAUCUACCAUCAUACACAUGGAUGGUGGUGAGAAUUAUAAAUCAGGUGGAGAGGAAUCUCAGAAGUGAGAUAAGGAAAGUGACUGAGGCUGAGCUGAAGAGGGUUAGGGAUUACAAAGUUAAGGUGACAUUUGGCGCUGAUUCAGUUCAACCCAAAGCCCCCCAGUCUGCAAAUGAUAAUUGUAAAUGUGUUUUGUCAAAACAGGGUUUCUCUUCUCAAAGAUUUUACUUUGAGGUUAAUGUUAAAACCCAUCGUACAUGGACAGUAGGAGUGGUCAAAUACAUGAGCAACCUAAAGAGAGAAAGCACCAUACUGAGCCCUGCAAAUGGUUACUGGACUAUUUGCUCUGAGCAAUGGAGAUUGGGCCAUCCAGCCCUGAAUUCAGAAAUUAAGGAGGUGGGAGUGUUUAUAGAUUAUGAUGAAGGCCUGGUUUGCUUCUAUGAAAUCAAUGGUGCAGCUCUAAUUCACUCAUUUAUCGGCUGCUCUUUCACUGAGAAACUCUACCCGUUCUUCAGUACCUGCCGAAAUGAUGGGGUUCAAAUCCACACCAGUGCAUGUGUAAUAUCAUAGAUAAGUGUUUGAGCUUAGUUAAAAAAGCCAUAUUAUCUUUUCCAUUUGUCAAGAUUUUAAAUUUCACAUUUCCAUUUAAGAGCUUCAUUAUUACUACUGCUGACCAGUGAUUUUUCCCUUAAUCCUUUCCACAAAAGUGAUAAUAAGGGGUGGUCUAAAAUAAAUAUACAUAAAUAAGUCAAAAUAAGGGCAUUCACAUUCUUUCUAACUGUCGGUGAGCCUGAGUUAUGACCUUGGCUCCCUGUUUUUCUGCUUCCAACAAAGGUGGGGGUGAAGCUCCCGUGGAAUGUGCUCCGUUCUCCUUACUAUCAGAAAAAAAAGGCCCUGACUCUCUGAACACAAUAUUUUCUUCAUAACUCGGCAGUAUGAAAUGUCAUGAAACAGUGUAACUCACUCACAGUAAAUUAGCAGUAUAGGAUAAUACAAACCUAUCUAAUAAAUCUAAUUAUUUUCACAUUCUUUUAACUCAGAAGUAUGAUGCAAACUAAAACUACAUACUGAUUACACAAGAAGUAUGAUGUGGCCUACAGCAGUAUCAUGAUUCACUAUAAUGUAAUAUAUAACAGCAUAAUAAUCUCACAACUGCUACAAGCACAUUUGCCUUUCUUAACACACGCGAGACAAAGGCAGCUGUUAAGAAAAUGCCCUUUUGGGUGAGACAGGCCCACAGGCCCUGCAUGCAAGCGUACUAACACACAUACAUGCAAUGAAGAACAGCUUACACUAUAGCACACGCUAUACAUGCGCCUGUAUCUCUCAUUGGUGUUAAAGCAGGGAAAAACUUAACAGAGUUUGUUAUCAAAUGCUGAAUUUAUCCACUGCUGACAUUUAACUCUCCAGCUUGCAGGACAAUAGGUGAAACGUUUGUGAAAAUAGAGAAGAAAAAGAAAAAAAUAAUAAAGACAGAGAGUAUGACCAAGCAGUAAUCAGACAAUAAAUUUAGUUGGUAAUACAAUAAAUUGUGAGAUGCUUUCUGUUUGAUUGAUGCAACACAAGUAAUUUACUGUAUGAAGGAAAUUCUCUUUUGUGAUAAUAUUUUGAACGUGCAUUUCUGUUGACCUAUCAACUUAGCGCAUUAUGAGCUGAUAUGCAAAUUAGUUGAUUGAUACUAGAUUUGGAAAAAUGACUGCCGCUAGCUUCGCUGGCAUUGGAUUCCAACACAGCCAAAUCACCAUCGACGAGACAAACCCAUCUACCUUUUACACUCUUUACGUCAACCUUCUGGGGGGGUUUCAACACAAGAAAAUCACAAUUGAAGACAUUGGACUUGAUAAAGGAGCAUGUGAUCAACUUUUCUGGAUCAACUUCAAUGUGACAAACCGGAAUACAUCCAUCCACUUCUCAGUGUUCUUGGACCAAAAACCAGGCAAGAACCACUCCAUGUGAAAUAAGCAAAACAAAGGUAACAGGCCGCUUGGAAACACCACUAACUGCAACUGGACCGCUGAAGGUGCCCCUGUGAAUACAACUGGACCAUCUAAUGGCACAUACUGGGUGCAAGGAAUGGCCUGGCUAUGUGGACAACGGGCAUAUUUCAUACUGCCACCAGGCUGGACAGGAACAUGUGCGCCCAUUUUCCUGUCAGACCACACUUUCAGGAUGACCGCAGUAAACACCACUUCUACGGUACGCCGGAAAAGAAGAACAACGCCCCCUGAAAUUCAGCCACAUGACCCAAUAUGGGGGAGCGACGUACCCGAGGAAUUCAAGUUAUGGACUACCGGACAGAAAGUACUCCAUUCAUUGUUCCCCUGGGUGGGAACCGGAAAAAACAUGCUGAGAAUUGAAACUCUGGACUACCGUUUUGGACUUUUCCUGAACGCUUCGUGCAAAAUCAACAAACAGCAGAACCAAGAAAUUGAUAAAUUACGGAUCGCAGUGAUGCAACAUCGAGUAGCUCUGGACAUGAUACUAGCAGAGAAAGGGGGACUUUGUGUCCUCUUCAACAAUACCUGCUGCAUUUACAUACCAGACAAUGCACACUCAUCAAACAUGACUGACGCCCUGAACGCCUUGAGAGAGAUCCAGCAGGCCCAAAAUCAGGACUAUGUAAGCGAUACAAGUGACUGGUUUUCUUGGCUUUACGCUGGCUCCUGGCUACAGAUGCUAAAAAGACUACUCAUCGGAGUUGGAAUAUUUUUACUUUUAUUUUGUGUCUUUGUAACAUGUAUACUGCCAUGCUUAAAGCUCACGAUUAACCGCAUAAUUGUUUCCACUGUUGCUGCAUACAUAGCCGUGACAAAUGAUGGUGAUGAUGACCCCGACCUGUUGGAACAUGAAGACUUUGUGUGAUUAAUGAUGGUGUGACAGAAAAUGUACAACAAGAUGUUACAUACUGAUAUCUCACUUAAAAGUUAUACACGACAAACAAGAGGGAAUGUCAAUAGAAAAUUGUACUUAGUAGUCAGUAUAAGCUUUCAAUGAUAUAAGUUUACAUGUGAUAGAUUAUUGCAUCAUGACCUUUUUAGCACUUAGACUGAUUGUUCACUAUAAGACUUGUUCUGUUCUUUUCUUAUCAGUUUCUUCCCACAGCGAUAGUAAGAGCUGAACAAGCAGUUUCACUCCCUACCAGGAAAAGGAGCUGCUUCCCACAAACCGCACACACAUACACAUACACAACCACAACCACAUACGCACAUGCUCACGUAUCAACAUUCCACUGAACAAAUGUAUUCAUUGUUGUAUUACUCUUUCUGUGUAUAAAUAAAGACAAGUGCAAAAAGAGAGCGCGCACAUCACAGAGCCCCCACUCUGGUGUGAGCGCUCUGUGACCGCCCUUGCAAGUAA